ACUUUUCAUUUCAACAACACACAUCUAACUUCACACUUGUGCUACUAGCCCGUCAAAACUUUUAUUAGUUGUCACAUAUUUUCUUCUAAAGCCAAAACACAAUUUAAUUCUUCAUUAGAGUAUAAAUGAAAAGUCACGUAUUUUUUUUAAAUGAUCAAGUUUUCAUUGGAAAAAAAAUAAUUCAACAAUCUAUUCCAAACACGAAUAUCAAACAUUCUAUUCUAAACACACUUCAUACAAUAAGCAUUGUGUUCAAUCAAUUUAUCGUAAUGUUAUUUAAUGAAAAUAAGUAAUGGCAACUAGAUGAAGAUGGAUCAAAAUGGAAAAGACGACUUGAAAACUCAGUUUAUCACACGCGAAGGAACCUAUCGACUCAUAACGUUAUCGGAGUAUUCACGACCCAAUCGUGUUGGAUAUCAAUCAAAUCAGAACAAUCCUCAAGUACGUGUUUCACUCCUUCCGGCUAAACAAAAUGUUGAUAUAACUAAGUUAUCAAAUCCUGGAACGACACCAAAUGUAAAUAACUCCACAAAUUCUGUUGCUACGAAUCCGGUAGUGUCACAAAAUACGGUAGCAACUUCAAAUGUGGCUGCAUCAUCGGUGGUAAAUGGUAUUUUGGACACAGCUCUGCAAACGCCACAGCAAUGUUUAAGUGACAAAAUUUGUUUCAAUUUCGGCAAAGAACUUUAUGUGUAUACAUAUCGAGGUGUGAAAAAGACUAUCGGUGGAGUACUAAUUGCGACUAAAAACGAAUAAUUCUCCAGUGAAGAAAUAAAAAUUGCCGGUACUUAGAAUAUGUGGAAUGGUCAACCGAUAGCGACGACGACAAAAUCAUGAUUCCAACUAAAUUUGCACCUGAGUACACGGCCACUUUCAUCCAGGGAUUCAUGAGCAUGGGAGUUCAUCAGGUAAAUCAUGUACGUAAUGAUUCAAAAGAACGACUAUUGGACCUGUUCUUUACUAAUGAUUUUACCAACAUCUCAAUUGAGCGUGUUAACGAGGCUGACGCACUGACGGAAGUGGAAGAUCAUCAUCCACCGAUAAUGGCUACAUUUGAGUGGCAUGGAAAUAAUACGACUGAAGCUAAUAUUAUAACAAAGGCAUUCAAUUUCAAACGGGCCAACUACAGGGACAUGAAUGCACAUCUGGCAAAUGUCAAUUUUACCGAGUUGUUCCAUGGAAAGACAAUCAUCACAAAUUUGUGCCUACUUACAUCGUCAAGUCGAUACAAAAAUGUCCAUGGAAGAACAAAUUCCUAAUAACACUAAAAAAUAGGAAAAAUAAAGCAUGGAAACGUUACAGACGAUCAUGCUAUCAUCAGUCGUUUGAAUGGAAAUACAUUUUGGCGUCUCGCGAAUUCGAUAAACUCAACACGGAACUAUACAAAACAUACGACAAAAUGAAAUCCUCGCUCAAGCAUGAUGCAUCGAGAUUUUGGCAUUAUGUCAAUUCAAAGAAGAGUACUGACA